UCAAGCAAGUCAUGGAAAGGUUCCCCAGUUCUUUCGUCAUUGAAUGCCAAUCAGGUUUUAGACGUGAUGUUGAAAUCCAGAGCAGAUGCUACAGCAAAAUCCUAUAUGCGAGUUAUUAAGAAGUUUUUGGAUUGGUGUAAAAGCAAGCAAAUAAGCUUUGAGCUACCUUUUCCUUUAGGUGUCGUAUCUCUUUAUUUGUUCGAAGUCCAACAGUCUUGUAGUUCCAGUUCUUCUGUAAUUUUGACCCAUGCCGCCCUUAAAUGGCUACAUUCAUUUGUUCCUAGUCUUGAUUGUAACCCAUUGGAUAGCGAUUUUUGCAGAAAUAUUAUCGAAUCUGCCAAACGCCAGAGGUCACAACCGAUUAUGAAAAAGAAACCCAUUACCACAGAAAUCAUUAGGAACAUAUUGGACGUUCAUAACAAGGAAGAUUCUAAUCUGAAGGAUCUUCGUAUUGCCGCAUUAUGCUCAUUAGCUUUCGCAGGUUUUCUUCGGUAUGACGAUUUAUGUAAUAUCGUUCCGAAGCAUAUUGAGUUUCAUAAUGAUUAUAUAAGGAUUUUCUUGCCUCGAAGCAAAACCGAUAUUUAUAGGGAAGGGAAUUAUGUCUAUAUUAGCGCUUCCACAUCUAAGUUCUGUCCUGUCGGUGUCUUAAGAAGGUAUUUGAACCUUUCUGGGAUUGACAGCAAUAGUAAUCUUCCUCUAUUUAGACCUCUAACUUUU